CUGCUGCGCGGCUGGGUUUGUUUUCCGGAUGAUGCUGCUCUUCUCUGCUCAGCAGAGGAAAGUCGGGGGCUCGUGUGUCAACAUCCAGUGUUUCCCCCGGGAGACGUAACGUUAACGCUAUUCUUAAAAAAACCCUGACGUCCCUUUGAGCAGCUGCUCUCUUAUUCUCCUCCUCAGCCCCGUCUUCAUCCUCGCAGGCCGCGGUGUUCGGCAGCGUCGAGACCCGAAGAAGAAGGCGCUCGGCCCCCGCUGCUUUGACGUUAGCUAACGUUAUUGUAAACGAUGACUGGGUACAAAGUGCGAACGGCGUCUCCGAUCGUCUAGUAUUAUCUGGGGACCUGUUAGCUUAGCCGGCUAGCCUGGUGAUUUCGAUCCGAGCGAAGGAGACGAGGCGACGCACACUGCUGACAUGAUGUUUCCUCAAUCGAGGCACUCGGCGUCCUCUCAGUCCGGUCAACCUCUCAAGUUCACCACUUCUGAUUCCUGUGACCGCAUCAAGGAUGAGUUCCAGUUCCUGCAAGCACAAUACCACAGUUUGAAGUUGGAGUGUGAUAAACUGGCCUCUGAAAAGUCUGAGAUGCAGCGUCAUUAUAUCAUGUACUAUGAAAUGUCCUACGGGCUGAACAUUGAAAUGCACAAACAGGCUGAAAUAGUGAAGAGACUGAACGGGAUCUGUGCUCAGGUGCUGCCUUACCUGUCACAGGAGCAUCAGCAGCAGGUGAUGGGCGCCAUAGAGAGAGCAAAGCAGGUCACACCCCCUGAGAUGAACUCUAUCAUACGGCAUCAGCUCCAGGUGCAGCAUCUGCCCCAGCUCCAGGGCCUGGCCCUGCCUGUGACCCCGCUCCCCCUGGGUCUCACCCCUCCCUCCCUGCCCGCCGUCUCCUCCAGCUCCGGCCUGCUCUCCCUCUCGUCCAUCCUGGCCAACUACUCCCAUGGCCAGGCCCAGGUGGUGAAGGAGGACAAAGCCCGGGAAGCGGCAGAGAGAGCACCCAGAGGAGAGGAUGGGGAUAAGUCAGACUAGUGUCGACACAGUGAGGAGGUUUGGAGAGGGAGGAGGGGUGUUAUGAGGUGAAGUGUCGAGAAAAGAAAGGUGAAACUGUAACUGUAAAUGGAGAUUGAUGUAAGUCUGGCUGCCUGUCUUGAGUGUUGAUGAAACCGCAGGGAUGAUGACGAGCAGAAAAGACGGCGUUGAAGCUUUUGGAUGUGUUAGAGAAUGAAACUGCUGAAUGGUUGAGAGUGUGAGUUCUUCUUUAGUGGUAAUAGACUCAGUUCAGGCUUCUAGACUUAGAAUAAAUGCUUUUUUUUGUGUAAGCCACUGUUGUUAGGCUUAACCAAGAUAAAUGUUUUCCCAUCUUGAGAGAGAGCUGUGGCUGAAAGCUAACAGCAGUCUCCCACACAUGGAUCUGCCUCUCACAGGUUUAUUUUUCUUCUUGUUGUUAUCAGAUCUGUAUUCAAUGUUUUUUUUUUUUUUUUCUUUAAGUCCCUCAGAUUGUGUCUUACUGGCUCCUGUCUGCCAGUCACUGUAAGGAGUUUUAACAUCUCAGCUCCCUAUAACUCCUUUUUCUUCUUGCAUGACGUACAAUAGCUCAAUAUCACCUUUCUCCAGAAAUGUUUGGACAGUAGACUGUAAAUAAACAUGGACGACACGUCUCCUCUUCCUCCUGUUGCACAAAAUUAAGGAUGAAAUAUCCAGGGUAUGAGUGCCACCAUUUUGCACUUUGAACGUAAUUUGGAGCCAGAGUCUGUGCAGUAGUGAUCUUGGUGUAUUGUGUUACCACCGAUAAACGCACUCAUCCAAAAUCAAAUCAGUGUCAUCUGUCAGUCAUGAUGUUUCACCCCGUCUUUUAAGCAUCAGAUAACGAAUUAAACCCGACUGGAAAAAGGAGCACUUGGACAUACAAGUGUGAUAAGAACUACCUAAAAUGACAGAACCCAUCUUUAAGAGAAUUUAAUUUUGCCUGUUUUUUGACUGUAUUGUUUAGCCCAUGUCCUAUUCACUAACAUCCACCAGGGGGUGAUCAAGAUGUUUCACUUUUGGGGAGCUGUCUUGUCGUCCAUCUUUAUAAACAGUCUCUCACACAGACAUUGUGCAUCGGAGCCAAAUUAAAUCUUAGCCGAUGAUGUUAAAUGGGAUGUUUUAAAGGGACAUUUCACUUCAUGUGCUUUCAAACCCUUCAAAUAUCCAUUAUUUUAAUGCCAACCACUGGAUGCAUUACCUUUAGCUGUGUACCUCAGUCCCAGAUGAAUGGGAUUUUAUUCCAUUAAAAACCCUACAGUUUGUACAAAUGGUAGUUAAUUUGUUGAAUAGGCCGAGCUGCUGCCGCUGCUGCUACACGCGCUACAUGUAAUGGACCAUGACUCGUCUGUAAAUGACAAGAAUUUACACAGAAUUGACUUUAUUUUGACAUGUUGUUUUCGUGAAGUUAAAGACAGGCUAUGAUUAGUCUAGAGUUGUCUGCGUGUGUUGGAGUGAAUGUGAUUGGAAAGAAGAAAACAUGUUUAAUUUAAUUUUCUUUUUUUUUAAAGCACCUUUUGUAUUUUCCUCACCCCCCAUGUCAGUCGGCCCUUUCUCCCUUUUGCUCGUCUGCUUUUAAAUCAAACUUGAACGGGAUCUAAACUUCAGAAGCAGAUGAUGGAAACCAACAAGACGAGUGUUGACUGUAGUUCUGUAAGUUAGCAGAGCACCUCAGUUGAUACUGAGACUGUGUCAAGCACCUGUCUUUUCCUUCCUUGUGUGACUAUAAGGGGGUAUCCUCCUCUUUUCUUUAGGUUCUUUCAUUACUUUGAUUAAGAAUGUGUCCUGAGUGAGUCGCUAAAGCUCUGAAAGCAACAGCAAACGUGCGUUCCCUCAAAAACAAAGUUAUUUACAACCACAAUUUGUGCUGGUGACCAAAUUCUUGUUCCCUUAAGAUCACAAAAACAAGCAGUAGAUUUUCAAACAAAUGCUUUGUCCCAACUCCAUAUUAAAUAAAUACCAAUUCUAGAGUAAACACAAUCUACUUAUCUUUACAGUAUACUCUUCUCAUAGUCUAUAUACAAGAAAUACAUGCAGGUAAUAAUAAUAGAUCAACAACAUUUCUUAUCCAGAUCAUUUUUUAAUUCAUAUUUUUGUAAGGCGAUAUCUGGUCUAACUAGAACAGCGCUCCCAGCGUUUACCUCAAUCCUACGCAGGAUCGUGUCGUUCCUACAGUGGUUUGAUAGGAAAACAUUUGUCAUCGUCCACGGUUUGUUUUCUACUGUUUAAUUAAAGACUCCUACAAUAUUAAAACAAAUUUCACUUUGAGCAGACGAUUGAGCAGAUGUGCCACGGUGAAGAGAGAAGUGUUUCUGCUGCUACCUUUCCUUUUCUAUUCACGUAACUAAAUCCGUCACUUGAUACGUAUGUAAAUGUACACAACAUUAUACAUAUCUUUCAGGAGAAAUGGUCUGAAAACUUCUACGUGCACAGAUUUCUUGUUUUCUGACUGUAAAACAGUAUAAUGCAAGGGUUGGUAUAUAGCGCACACUGUCUGCUGUUAGUGUUUAGUAUGGAAAUGGGACAACAGGGGGCAGCAGUGCUCUUGAAUUAGUGUGAAGACCCUCACAAGCCUGAGCUCUGAACAUCUGCAGAGGUCCAAGUCGGUGUGAUGAGUUGACAUCAUCGUCACCGCUCUUCUGCUCUCGUCUUCACGCUCUGACCUUUGGGCCGAGCGCCGGUUCACCACAGGUCUUCAAUGUCACCCCCCCCCGCAAUGUGAACACUUGCUAGAGCUUUGACAACCCACCUUUUUGUCUGAGCACGUCCAGGAUCUGCGCUUGAAUCUCUCUCUCUAUCUCUCUCUCUCUCUCUCUGUGUGUGUAUUUUAAUUUGAAAAGCACUUAAGCUGUGGCUUGGUGCUCGUUUGUUUUCCUCCUUCCUGUCUGUGCUAGUGUUGGGGAGCUGCAGGGUUUCCCUUCCCUGGAGAUUUCGACUUCAACAUAUCGAGUGCGAGAACACAUCAGUUUGUCCUUUGCGCUCUUUAUGCUGCCGUCGAGUCUCUGUAGAAAAAAACCUCCUUUGGCAAAACUCAGACAUAUGAAUGGUAUGUGUGUUUGUUUUUGCUGUGAAGGGCCAAUUUGUAUACAUAUGAAUAUAUCAAUAUACAUAUUUUUUAAAGCAUUUUUGUAUGUUUCAAAGCUGCUUUUUAACGUGUGUAUCAUGGAAGACUUAAGUGUUGUAUGUGUGCAUUACAAGCCUACAGUAAGAGAGGCACAAUGUUGUAUACCAUGUCGUUUUUCCUGUUUUUUCUCUCCCAUUCUCUCAGUAGGCAGUAACACUUAACAUUGUUUUCUAGGUUUGUAAAUGUUUUAUUCCUUUUUCGGUGCAAAGAAAAUCCAGUUUAAUGUGUUUAUGAACACAGUCUCAUUUUAAGAAAAUAUCUGGGGCAAAAAAAAAAAAAUGUAAACAAGCAACCGUGUACUCUUAAUGAGAAUGAAUCAACCUUUUAGCAGUAAGGAAGCUUCUCUGGUGCCUUACAAAUAAAAGAUGUGAUUGCGA